AUGGGCAACACAAUCACACGAGCAACACAAUCACACGGGCAUCACAAUCACACGGGCAUCACAAUCACACGGGCAACACAAUCACACGGGCAACACAAUCACACGGGCAUCACAAUCACACGGGCAUCACAAUCACACGGGCAACACAAUCACACGGGCAUCACAAUCACACGAGCAACACAAUCACACGGGCAUCACAAUCACACGGGCAACACAAUCACACGGGCAUCACAAUCACACGAGCAACACAAUCACACGAGCAACACAAUCACACGGGCAUCACAAUCACACGGGCAACACAAUCACAUGGGCAACACAAUCACACGAGCAACACAAUCACACGGGCAUCACAAUCACUCGGGCAACAUAAUCACACGGGCAUCACAAUCACUCGGGCAACAAAAUCACACGGGCAUGACAAUCACACGGGCAUCACAAUCACACGAGCAACACAAUCACACGGGCAUCACAAUCACACGGGCAUCACAAUCACUCGGGCAACAAAAUCACACGGGCAUGACAAUCACACGGGCAUCACAAUCACACGGGCAUCACAAUCACACGGGCAUCACAAUUACACGGGCAUCACAAUUACACGGGCAUCACAAUCACACGGGCAUCACAAUCACACGGGCAUCACAAGGGCAAUGGAAUCACACGGGCAUCACAAUCACAUGGACAACACAAUCACACGGGCAACACAAUCACAUGGACAACUCAAUCACACGGGCAACACAAUCACAUGGACAACACAAUCACACGGGCAACACAAACAUAAGGGCAUCACAAUCACACGGGCAACACAAUCACAGUAACAGGAGCAUCACUAUGACAAGAUCACUUCAUCGCAUGAUCAACACAAUCACAAGGAUAACACAAUCAUAA